AAGGAAAAGACAAUAUUUGUUUUUAGUUUUAUUUUUUAUUUUCAUUUUUAUUUUGGCACACAAUGAGCCAAAGUUUUGAUAGUUUAAUGCACGGUGGCGGCGGUGGUGGGCGGCGAGACUAUGCGGAGCGACAGUCCUCGGAGGAUGUGCCGGAUUCGACGGCAACAACAACAACAACAACGACAGCCGGCGAUUUAGCCGCAAGCGCUGCUGGAGCAGGAGCAGCCACUCUGCGAGAUGAUGAAUUCAGCGAGGAUAACAAUUUCGAAUCGAAUUUGCGACGUCGCAAAGGCAAAAUAAUAUCCUGUGCCAAGGAGACAAUUGAGAAUGCUUCCCGCCAACUACGCCGUAAAGUGCCAUACGCUGGCCAUUUGAUGACGCCGCGUCGCCUUUGGCUCAACAAAAUACCCACACAAUGCGAUGUGGUCAUUGAAUUUCCAGAGGAUGCACCAGAUGAGGCAUUGCGAUGGCUCUUAGCCCGCAUACGCUCGCAGCCGCCAGCUGGUCUCGGUCUGUUGGUCCAGGUCAAGGCACACGACAGCUCCAGACGCAAUGCAUUCUAUGUGAGCGCUCCAGUUAAUGUCCUCUUCAAAGCCGCUGAGGAGGCACGUUUGCCGAAACGCUUACGUCCUGAUUUGGGCGGCGCUUUGCGUGAGUUCACGACUCGCGAGAGUCAUUGCUUUCAGCAGUUGCGUGGCGAUGUAGGCAGCACGGCGCUGUUCACCUCACAGGAGCGUCAGUGGCUGGUGCUGCAGGUGUUGCAGGGCCUGCGUGCCGGCUGCAGCGAUAUCGAUGCAUUGCAAGGUCGCGCCGCUGUUGCCGAGGGCCAAAGCAUUGUGGCUGCUUGGCAGGAAUCGGGUCUAAUCACACAGGUUUUUCCGCUGCAUGAGACACGCUCGCUGGCACAGCUGCAGACGCACUGGGUCAAGCAAAUAUUUGCGCCGCAGCCAUUGGAUGACAUCGCAGCCUAUUUUGGCGUUAAGGUCGCACUCUACUUUGCCUGGCUGGGGCAUUAUACGUGCGCGUUGGGCGUGCCCGCCGUCUUUGGCACCAUACUUUAUUGCAUAUUGUGGGGCAAGGGUCAGACGGCUCAGGAUAUGGGCCAUGUGCUGUUCUCCCUGUUCAACGUGGCCUGGGCCUCGCUGUAUCUGGAAGCCUGGAAGCGUUAUUCCGUCGAGCUAGCCUUUCGCUGGGGCACGCUCUCAACGCCGCCCGAACUGCUUGAGCCGCCGCGGCCACUCUAUAAGGGCCCGCUGGAGGAGAACAAUGUGACGGGCCGACUGGAGCCGAAGGAGGCGCCCGCCUGGCAGCGACGAGCCUUUCGCUAUCUGGUCAGCUUUCCUGUGAUUGGACUGUGCCUCUGUGUGGUCUUUGCCGUUAUGUUUCUCAUGUUGCGCUUCCAGGAUUGGCUGGAUCAUCAUAAAAUACCCGAUAGAGGAAUUGCUCAAUGCAUGUAUAAUUUGCACAAGGAUUGGUGGGACUCGAAGCUGCCAGAGGACAGCGUCUUGUGCUGCCUGAGUGUGAUACCCAAGGUGCUGCUUGCUGGUGCGAUUACCCUGAUGGAUGAGGCCUAUUUCAAGCUGGCCGUUUGGCUUAACGACAGAGAAAAUUAUCGCCUGCAAUCGAAGUACGAGAAUCAUUUGAUAGCGAAGGUUGCGCUGUUUCAAUUUGUCAACUCGUUCCUUUCGCUCUUCUACAUUGCCUUCUAUCUGCGCGACGAGGACAAGCUGAAGGAGCAAUUGGCUGGCUUGCUUAUCUCGCGUCAAAUCAUUGGCAAUCUACGCGAAUCGGCUAUACCGUAUGUCCUGGAGCAAUGGAAACUGGCCAAGCUAAGCUUUAAUAUGUGGGGCGCUCUUAGCCCCACACAACAUGUAAAUCGCAGUCUCGCCGAGGAGCUGGCCACCGCCGAGGAGAAGCUCAAGGCUGAGGCAUCUGCCACAACUAAAACUACAGCAGAAGAGCAGCAGCAGCAGCAACAGCAGCAGCAGCAGCAGUCCGCUAAUAAGCGUAACAUUGGACAAGCUGAGAUUGAGAGUUCUCUAUAUAAAUACGACGGCACGUUCUCGGAUCACUUGGAGAUGCUGGUGCAAAUGGGUUAUGUCGUGCUCUUUUCAGCUGCCUUUCCGUUGGCCGGCAUUUGUGCGUUAAUUAACAAUCUGAUGGAGAUACGCUCGGAUGCGUUUAAGCUGGCGCAUGUGCAUCAGCGUCCGUUUGGGCAGCGUGUGGCCAACAUUGGCACCUGGCAGAAUGCGCUGAGCAUUUUGUCGCUGGCCGCGGUUAUUGUCAACUGUGCACUGAUUGGGCUAUCCGGGCAGGUGUCGCGCCUCUGGCCCGGCCUGACCACAGCGCAAACUAUAAUUUUAAUAGUUACACUCGAGCAUAUUAUGCUGGGCUUGCGGCAGGCGCUGACUUGGCUGCUGCCGGAAUUGCCCUCGUGGUUGGCGGCGGAAAUAGCACGUGCCGAGCACUGUCGCCGUGAGAUGCAGUGCAAGGGCACCUCGCCGCGACCCACGCCGCCGACACCGCCGUCAACCACAUCCACGCAGCCGGAGCAGGAGGGCACUGGCGCCGAAACCACGCACGAUCAGUCCAUGGAGAGUCAGCUAGCUGAGGAUAUGCUGCUCUAUGGCCACGAGUUGGGUGCCAGCUAUGGCCGCAGCAUUGAGGCGGAUGUAAAUAUAUAUGCGAAUCGUGACUCUUCGCCAGACUCGCCGCCAUCGCAGACCAGCACCAUACUCAUAAGACCGCUGCAUGAAUCAACACCGCCGCACGGUGGCGCCUCGCUGAGCAGUCUGCAUCACGAUGGCAAUGGCGCUUGUAAAAGUUGUAGGCAAAAAUCGCAAUUCUUUAUACCGGAAAUACCGCCAUUUCUUGGAUAUUCGGUGCGCAAUUUGAGUGCUCUGUCCCCGCACAGUCAGAGAAUGCAACAACAACAACAGCUGCUUAGCGGCGCUUCAGCUAGCACGCUAGCUCUGAACUCUGCCGCCGCCAGCUACGCUGCAUCGAUGCAUAUACAAGAAAUACCGCCGUUCCGCAAGAAAUCGAGCGAUUCGGCUGAUCAGACGGGCAGCAGCACAGGCAGCAGUCCACAGCGCGCAUCGAUGCGUCAACUGCAGCAGUUAACCCACCAGCAGCAACAACUACAGCAGCAGCAGCAGCAGUCAACUAGAAUUGCAGAGAUUCCGCCGUACAGCAAGCAGCGUAAAAUAUCCACAGAGAGCGCUACCAAUUUGCCGCUGAGCGAUAAACUACAUAUAAAACUUCACGCACCCGAGUGGAUGUCACGCUUAAAAGUGAACGACAAUGCGAACCUCCAUAGAAGCAUAGAUUGUAUUGCCAAGGAGCUCGGCAACAAUGCGGACAACUCCGACAUAUUGAAGCCGGCGCCAUCCUGGAGCAAUGUGGCCUUGAAGACAGGUGCUCCGGGCAUUAUGCUGGCCACGCCCUCAGCUGCUCAGCAAAUUGUCGCUUCUUCAUCAUCAUCAUCGGGCGGCGGUGGCAGCGUUUUUAGUCCAAGUGGUGUGGGCCCAGUUGUCGCCGCCGCCGGCAGCAGCAGCGGCAUCAGCAAUUCACAGUCACGACCCAGUGUGGGCGCUUUAUCCAAUUCCUCAUCGAGUUCAUCUCAUAAGCAACAGCAGCAGCAGCAGCAACAACAAGCGAAGCAGGCAAAGGAGGAGCGGGAGAAGGAGAAGGAGCAGGAACAAGCAGCAGCAGCAGCAGCAGCCACUGCAUCCACAUCCGCUGGCAAUACAGAUGAUGAGACAAAGGCUGCUGAGUUGGCUGCCAAGAAAUCGCGGCUCAAACAAAAGCUGGUUAAGAGCGCGCGAUCUGUGGCCAUAUUCUCGCUCAAGCUUAAGGAACGCCGACAGCGCGAGGCGGAAAAGGCAGCCACAAUUGCUGUGGAGCAUGCCAAGGCUCUAGCUAAGCUGCCAAUGCCUCAGCCAGUGGGCGGUGAACUGUCUCUAAUACCCAUCGAGCAUCUAAUACAAAUCGAUGAUAUCAAACCAGCGAUCAAGCCAGCAACAACAACAACAGCAUCUGUUUCGUCGAGUACACAGGCCGGCUCCUCUAUGCAUUAUCAUCAUCAGCAGCAACAGCAGCAUUAUCAUCAUACGGAUAAUUAAGCUAAACCAAAAUGCCGAAAAUUAGUUAAACUUAAAACGCACAUUGUAAAUAGUCUUUUCUAUGCACAUAGUACCCAUAUCUGGUCCAUGUUUUAGAACGAUCUCUCACUAACAUAUUGAUGAUAUGAGCAAUUUGCUGAAUGUGUGUCUUGUCCAGAGUUGGAAGUAACUAAGUAAUGUAAAUGUAUUUACUACUUAAUACACUAACAACAAGCGACUAAUUACCGAAAGUUAUUAACUAAAACAUAAUAUUUCUAG